AUGGAGACGCGGCCGGCCCCGCCUCCCUCCCGGCCGGGAAGAUGGGGAGCUGGGACUGGCAAGGCGGACGGGAGGGGGGCGGGGACUGGGCAGGGCCUGGGCGGGUUCCGUGCCUGGCUGCCCACCGGGUCUCUGACCUGGACCUCGCUGUCGCUGGCCCCUGAAAUCCAUCACUUUAGUCGGCUGUUCUGUGACGCGCAACAAGGAGCCACCUGGGCUCUUCGGACCCUUCGGGGUUCGCGGAUCGCAGAGAUGUGUCCGCCAAGAUCUCUUCUUUGGUCCGUAAACAACUUCACUCUCAAGGAGACAGCUCUGGCCUCUCAGCAGGAGCUGGGGAGGAGUGACUGAAUAACCACAGGAUUUAGUCUUGAUGGCAGAAUCCCAGAAGCCAAAUCCACGUGGUGAAUAAGCUGCUGAUCUUUCAGAGCACACAUCCCCUGGAGAAUCUUCCCAAUGCUAAUAUGAAAGUUUACAACCAUAACCCAUCAUCAGGCCCAAAUAUAUUACUUACUGAAUAAAUACACAAGUUACAAGCAACA